UUGAGAUUCUGCGCGAGCGCCGAACCGUCGCGCGCAUCGCGAUUCAAUUGUUUCUGUCCGUGAUUCACUUGUUUUGCUGAGGCCCUGACCUUUGUGGACAAUGCAUAAUAUUUAGUGUUUUCUGUAAGAUAAUAUGGUUCAUCCCAAAAGAACUUCAAGUGUUAUGAGUGAUGACCUAAUAUAAUAAGUACUUAAUAGUUAUUUAAAGAAUCAAAAAUAAGACUGAAAUAUUUAAUAAGAAAAAUGAAUAAAAAACUGUCAAGUGUUUUGGUGCUGUGUCUCGUCUAUGAAGUGGUUUCUCAAGCUCCAGGUGAGAGGUGUUCUCAAAAUGGCGUCGCUGGGGUAUGCAGAGCACUACGCGACUGUCAAGCUGUCACGGAUAACCCGAAGAGUGAAUGGUGGAAACUACCUAGAUGCGGUUUCGAGGGCUUCGACGUGAUAAUCUGCUGCGUGGAAGCACCCAGAACGACUUCCGCGAGACCCGUUGCCACUACGCCUCGGCCUGGGACAACAACGACAGAGUUCUACGUGCCGGUAUACGACUAUAGUCCGAACACGCCUAUAGUCGCCGCCUGUUCUGAUGUCGACCCAGAUAGAACUGCGGCGAAAACUGGACGAAAAGCUUGGGAUAAAUGCAUAGACUACCAACACGAGCUGGUUUACCCCUGCGAGCAAACAGCCCUCUCAGGUAGCAUGGGCCGUGCUAACCGCUGCAACCACCAUGUGGAUGAACUAAUCGUUGGAGGCACUAAUGCUAAGAGAACUGAGUUCCCUCAUAUGGUGCUGCUUGGCUAUGGACAGUCGAAUGGCUCAGCGGUGUGGCAGUGCGGCGGUACACUUUUGAGCGACAGGUUCAUACUUACAGCAGGACACUGCACUUCAGCCAGAGAUCUGGGUCCUGUAGCCUACGCCAUCACCGGCACUUUGAAGCGGACUGACGACGUGUCUGCCUCUCAAGUGCACAGAAUACGACGGAUAAUUAGGCACCCGCUUUACAAGGCCCCUUCUAAGUACCAUGACAUCGCUCUGCUAGAAGUUGAGAAUCCGAUUAAACUGGACUUCACCACGGUACCAGCCUGUCUGGACGUGUUCGGCGGAGACCGUGGUAAAGCUGUGGCCACUGGCUGGGGCGCCACGGCCUGGAUGGGGAGCAACGCCGAUUAUCUGCAGAAGGUGACUCUGAACAAGUUCAAAGAGGAAGAGUGUCGAGCCAAGUUCCGACCGAGCCGGAACAUUCGGAACGGGUUCGAUCCGGAGACACAGGUCUGCUACGGAGACUACGAACAAUCGAAGGAUACUUGCCAGGGAGACAGCGGCGGCCCCCUCACCAUACAAAACCGUCAGGUCCAUUGCAUGUACACCGUGGUAGGAGUAACGUCCUUCGGUAAAGGCUGUGGCACCGUCGGGGACCCGGGGAUCUAUACUAAAGUAUCUCACUAUGUCGAUUGGAUUGAGAGCAUAGUGUUUGCUUGAUAAAUAUGUAAUUUAAAUGUAAGACUCAAUUUGUAAUUUGUAAUAAAAAAAAAUCAUGCAUUUUUACUUCGA